GAUUAGGAAGACGACUGGGAAUGAUGCAUCUGAUCCUUCAAAACAACGUAUUCUGACUCGGAUGGGAAAGAUGCUUAUAUAAAACUCUACAGAUAGGUUCUUAAACAGAGACUUCAUUUAGCGUUAUAAUUUUCAUGGAGUUUUACAUGAAAACUAGUUUCGUGAUGAACUAUUCGCGCACGAAUUGAACUCUUGGUGAAGUCGGAGGGAAGGUCCAUAGAUUUCUUUCAAGCAUGGGACAGUUGCUGUAUUUUACAACAUUUAUACUUUUAGUGUUAUAUCCGUUUUUACAGCCGUGUCACUCCUUAGAAUGGGAUAAUCAGUCCAGUUCUCUUCACAAUGUUCGCUCCAUUGUCACAAGUUUUUCCGAGGAAGCCCAACGUUACCUGGUCUCUAUGAUGGGUGAAAGGGUAGUGGAUUCGUGCCUGAAGUCUGCACGCAACAGCGUGACGUUUCUGUCAGAAGCGGCGGCGGCGGGACUUAACGUGCUCAUCGGAUACCUUACUGAAAUUUUGCAAGCUGCAGGAAUUGACGUCAAACUUCCCCUCCAACAAGUAACUCCAGAGGGAGUGAUAUUUGUUAGUCUGUGGGCCAUGGUUGCUGUGACUGCCUACUGGAUAAUGUCCCUCAUCCUGCGGUUGCUGGUGGGAGCAGUGAGGCAGGCGCUGUGGCUCCUGAAGGUCAUCUUCACUGUUGCUAUGUUUGGGUUGAUUCUCAGCGACGCCGGUGCUUCUGCAGAUACCACAGCACUUAGAUUAGCAGGACUGGUGUGUGUUUGUGUCCUGUUAGGCAUAAGUGGAACAUCUGGAAAGCGAGAUACACAUCUAGAGAAUAAAGUCAAGAUGUUGGAGAGACGGCUGAAAGAUAUGGAAAAAAGCAGAGAGGAAUAGGAAAUCUUCACCCGGUUCCCUUCCUUUUUCCAGCAGCAUUUCGAUAUUUAUAAAAAUGUUUGGUUAAGAAUUUCAUUCUGUAAUGAGAAAGGCAUUUCAUUUAAACCAUGUUUUUUGUUCCCUUUUACAUUAUUCAAAGAAAAGCCAUAUUGCAAAAUGUAUUUGAACAGUGUUUUACAAUCUCAAAAUGUGACACACAAAAUAAAACUAUUCAAUUAAAAUGUCAA